AAGAAAUGUAAACAAGUUUUGGCACAUAUUUGAACUACACAAAAAAAUUAAAGGCACCUAUCGUAUCAAUAUAGCAAUUCAGAUAACGUAUUUUAAGUGUAAGAGCCAUGGACUUUUAUGAUGUUAUUGAAAAACUUGGCCGAGGAACUUUUGGGAUAGUUUACAUAUGCAGUGUUAAACACAAUAAACAAAAAUUAGUAGUGAAAGAAAUACCUAUUGAUCUAGUUAGUGAUGACAUCAAACGAGCUAAAAAUGAGGCAACGAUUCUCAAAACUCUGAAUCACCCGAAUGUGAUAAAAUAUUUAGAUAGCUAUAUUAAGAAUUUUUCGUUUUACAUUGUGAUGGAAUAUGCUUGUCAUGGAAACUUACAACACUAUAUUAUGAAAAGAAAAGCUGACCACAAUUAUUUAGAGGCUCAAGCUGUUAUGGACUUUUUCUGCCAAAUACUUAUGGGUCUUAAUCAUAUCCAUGACAAAGGAAUCGUCCAUAGAGAUUUAAAAAGUGAGAAUAUUUUUAUAACUGGAAUAAACAGUAAUGUCUUAAAAAUAGGAGAUUUUGGUAUAUCCAAAGAAAUGAAAAAUGGCAAUGGCGACAAUAUUUGUGCAAACACAGUUAUAGGAACUUGUAAUUACAUGGCGCCAGAAAUUUUUGAUGGGAAACCGUAUGAUAACAAAACUGAUAUUUGGGCACUAGGAUGUAUCCUGUACCAGCUAUGUCAGUUAGAAAAAAUGUUUGAAGGGACAGUUUCCAAUGUAGUCCUUUCAAUAGCCAGUGCUAAAUUGAAAUGUGUGGACACAAAAAGGUAUGGCCAUCAAAUGCAAAAACUUCUGGAUCUAUUAAUGAAAACCGACCCCUCUCAACGACCAGACACAAAAUCAAUAAUGUCACUAAAUGACAUUUUUCCUUCACUCUAUUGCCUUUACUUUGAUUUGGGAUGCAUUAGUUAAAAUAUUGUAAAACGUUUUUUGUACUUAUUGUUAUUUGCUUUUUAUUUUUCUACAACUAUUUGAAAUAAAUUUAAAAAAUACAGCCCUA